AUGCAAGCUAAUAAUUCGAUUAAUUGGAUUGAAGAAUCUAUUUCCAAAAAUCAUAUUAAAUAUUAUGAAUAUAAAUAUUUUAAUAAUAUUCAGGAAAUUGGUACUGGUUGUUUCGGAAAGGUUUAUCGUGCCAAUUGGAAAAAUUCAGAACAAUAUUUAGCGUUGAAAUCCUUUUUUAAUCUUGAUAAUAUCACUAUUAAGGAACUUAUUCAUGAGCUUGAACUUCAUCGGGAUGUUGACUUUCAUGAUAACGUAAUACGAUUUUAUGGAAUAACAGAAGAUCGAAAUUAUAAAAUGAUGAAGAACUAUUUAUUAGUAAUGGAAUACGCUAACGGUGGUAGUCUUCGGAGCUAUUUGAAGAAAAAUUUUAGUAAACUUACUUGGAAUGAUAAAUAUAACCUUGCAUACCAGCUAGCUUGCGCCGUAUCAUGCUUACAUGACGAAGGAAUUAUACAUCGUGAUUUGCACUCUGGCAAUGUGUUGAUUCAUCAAAAUACUAUAAAAUUAGCAGAUUUUGGUUUGUCGAAGAGAAUUGAAACAUUAUCCAAAAAUCAAUCAAGUUUAUUUGGUAUAGUCCCUUAUAUUGAUCCAAAAAAAUUUAAUAAUUUACCGUACUCAUUAAAUGAAAAAAGCGAUAUUUACAGUGUUGGUGUAUUAUUAUGGGAAAUAUCGAGUGGUCAAAUCCCUUUUCAUAAUAUUGAAUAUGAUGUUAUAUUGGCAUUACGAAUUUUAAAUGGAUUUAGAGAAACACCAAUUUCUAAUACACCCGAUGAUUAUGUGAAUAUUUAUACUGCAUGUUGGAAUAGUGAACCAGAAGAUCGACCAACGAUAAUUGAAGUAAUUCAAAAAUUAAAAUCUGUCAUUCCAAAAUCAAAUAUGUUGACUAUUAGUAAUACAUCUAGACAAAUAUUAAAUGAAAACUCAACAUUGUAUAGUAUUAAUUAUUCAUCAAAUGGAUCAUCACAGAUUAUUCGAGAUUUGGAAAUGAGGAAUACAGAAUCAACAAAGAUUAGUGAAGAACUUACAUUUAAAAGAAAAAUAAUUGAUGAAAUUGUUAAUCUUAUAUUCAAGGAAAUUGAUAAAGAAAAAAAUCAAGAAAUAGGAAUACAUAUUCUUAACAAUCUUAAUAAUGGGAUUAAAUUACCAGAAAUUUAUGAUUGGUUGUCGAUUAAUCAAAAUGAGCCAAAUUUCAUUUUUUUACUUGGAUAUUUUAAUUAUUAUGGAAUAGUAACUGGUGAAAAUAAAAAAGAAGCUUUUAAUUUAUUUAAAAAUGCUUCUGAAAAAAAUCAUAUAUUAGCAUAUUAUUAUGUAGGUUUAUGUUAUGAAUCUGGUAAUGGAACUGUAAAGAAUAAGAAGUUAGCUUUUGAAUAUUUUAAAAAAAUAGCUGAUAAAAAUUAUGCAUUAGGACAAUUAAAAGUAGGGUAUUUUUAUUAUAAAGGAAUAAGUAUUAAAAAGAAUUUAAAAGAAGCUUUUAAUUGGUACGAAAAGGCUGCAAAUAAUGGAAAUUUAACAGCCAUGUGUAAUCUUGGAUUUAUGUAUAGAUCUGGUGAAGGUACUAAUAAAGACAUUAACAAAGCAAUUUAUUGGUAUAAGGAAUCUGCUGAAAAAGGUAAUCAGGACGCUCAAAAAUCUUUAGAGAAACUUAGUAAACUUAAAAGUAGGAAAAAUUUAUGUAAGCUUAAUUAA